GAAAAUCAUUCGUUGCACUUCAAACGAUCAACAUGAAAAUAUUCGUAGUUCUGACUCUGGCUAUUGCCUCCGUCUCCGCUGGCGUCGUGCCACAGGAUGCAGCCUCUAUUGAGGGUCGCAUCACCAACGGCCAUAACGCUGACGAGUAUCAGUUCCCCUACCAGGUGGGACUUGGUUUCUCCAGCCCAAAGGGCGACUGGUGGUGCGGUGGCUCAAUCAUUGCCAGACAGUGGGUGUUGACUGCUGCUCACUGCACCAGAGAUGCCCACUCGGUGAUCGCCUACUUUGGUGCCACCAAGCGAUCCCACGCCAAACUCACCUAUACAGUUAGCCGCGAUGAGUUUAUAGAGCACGAGGGCUACAAUCCCAGAACACUAGCUAACGACAUCUCUAUGAUCUAUUUACCAUUCGAGCUACCAUACAACCGAUACAUCAAUAACGUUAAGUUGCCGGAAAUUUCCAGCAGCUACUCCACCUACGAUGGGCAGAAGGCUAUCGCCUCCGGCUGGGGCACCACCUCCAAUAAAGAUAGCGAUCUUCCCGAAACUCUGCAAUACCAGACCUUCAAUAUUGUCAACGAAGAAGUCUGCCGUAAGACCUAUGGCUCUAUUGUCGCCAACAAAAAUGUCAUCUGCACCGAUACACCCCACAAGAGUUCCACCUGCAAGGGUGACUCUGGUGGCCCAUUGGUCCUGGUCAGCAAGAAACAACUGGUUGGGAUUGCCUCAUUCGUUUCCACCAAAGGUUGUGAGUCUGGUGAGCCAGCUGGCUUCACCCGUGUUACCAGCUACUUGGAAUGGAUCAGAAGCGUCUCAGACGUUUACUACUAAACUGCAAUUUUAAAUACAUACUUUAAUAAAUAAUCUGUAUAAGGUCUUAUUAGACCUUCAAUUGUUUCAGACAAGAAAGCAUAUCUAUCUUGAUAA